CUGCACACACAUGCAGUCACACAGAGAGAUACAGGCUGAGGUUAACAAAACUUAGACAGGCAUCAGUAUUUUCCAGGGAGUCUCCAUUAUUUCUGGCUUGGGGUCUCUAAUGGUAUUUCAUUGUAAUUGCUAUGAUGUCAGAGUGUCCGUCCGCCCUAAUGGGCUUCUAAAAACAAUAACAAGGACAGAUUGGUUCCAUUCACUGGUUGUUGUUGGGACCGAGAGAAACACAGAAGUCCAGCAGCUCAAAUCUCUGCAAGAUCUUCAGCUGAAAAGCAUGCAUCUCCAUCCCCCGUCCCUCUCUUUUCUCCUCUUCCUGGUUGCAGGGACAGCUGCGGUGUGCGUUGCCUUGACAAGCACACUGCAUGGUUUUCGAGGCUGCGCGGUGCGAGAGUUUUCCUUUGUGGCCCAAAAGCCUGGCUGCAAGGGACUGCGCAUCACCACAGAGGCCUGCUGGGGACGCUGUCACACCUGGGAGAAACCUGUGCCCGACCCCCCCUACAUCCACCGCCACCACCGUGUGUGUACGUACAGUCAGACCCGCCACAUGACCGCCCGCCUGCCGGGCUGUCAGCCCAACGUCUCCGCUCUCUACCACUACCCCAUGGCUCUGCAGUGCCACUGUGCUGUGUGCUCCACACAGGACACAGAGUGUGAGACCUUCUAAUGGGCAGGACGCUGCUUUUAACCACACAAUGUUACAAACUGUUUCACUGGUAUGAAGAACUCUGAAUAAAAUGAUGAAAUGAAGACAUUUGAGUCAGUGUGAGAGUGUCUGAGGACGAGUGACAGCGCUGCAAGCAGGAGACAUUGGCAAGAGGUUUAUAUUUAAUGACAGGAAAAAAGCCCUAAAGGAUAGGUGACAUACAGCGAUAUAUAUGUCUGUAAAAAGCUUUGUAAAAGGAAAGGAAAAAUAAGAGCACGAAAAAUAAGA